CCAAGGUUUACCAAAUAUGGUGAGCAGGCAUCUGAGAACAACAUACCAUGUUCAGCAUACACUGAUGACAUCUGCUAUCAACAGCAGGAGAAAUUCGGGCGUGAAGGGCUGUCGAAAUGCUGCAAAGAUGGAAUAUAUCUCACCGACGUAUGUAUGCCUGGAAAAUGUUCCAACAACACAGUCCAGCUGUGCUGUUUCCAAAAAUUCCUACAGGCACGCUACCGUUGCUGCGAAGACGACAAUCAAUCGCUCGGUCCAGCCAGCACAAUGGACUUCAGCAUGUGCUGCUAUACAAAUUUUGUGACCGAUGAUCCUUGUUGUAAUACUGAGACAUCAACACAGUACUGGCUUUCAGUACAUGAGGUGUGCUAUCCGAACACAAAGGUUGAUUACUCAAAUAUAAACAUGGAGGUACGAUUUGCUGAAGGUGUACGUGUGGUGAAUCUGAACGAGAAUCGAGUCUGGGAUUAUGAAUGUCGUAACGGCGGUAACCGAACACAGUACGCCUACCUACCGUAA